AUGCUGGUUUCGAAUGUCUUCUUUCUCAUCAUCGUUGGUCCGGCCAUGGCGGCGCCAGUAACCCGCUUGCGGGAUGAGGCAAGGCUGGUUACAGCAGGCACACCUCCACCGCCUCCAAAAGGGAUGACUGGAAAGGUCCCGGCCGUAGCUGUAACGUCAAAACCGCAGCAGGAGCAGGAGCCCAAUAUCUCCGAGGCCCCCAAGGCCCCCGAGGCCCCCGAAGCUCCUGAUAACUUCGAUGCUCCUUAUACCAUCGAUCCUCUGCCAUAUCAUAACCCUACCCCCGAAGUCGCGAACUAUCCCAACGGUGCGAACUACCCCGACGCCGCAAACUACCCCGACGCCGCGAAUCAUCCCGAUGCUGUGAGCUAUCCUGACACCGCCAACUACCCCGAUGUCGCGAGCUAUCCUGGCCCAAACAACGAAGUCAAUCCACCGCCCCUGAGACGUCGACGAGUCCUACCCCUAGCUCCAAGAAGAGACCCGAAACAACACGCCGCCAACGUGGAGGCUAUCAACGACCGGAAGGCCUUCCACGCAUCUCGCGUUGAGAAGUGGAACUACACUUGGGGCCAUUACCCAGUUACCAGGCAGAAGGGGCAGCCUGUGCAGCCAGGCACACCGGGCACGGGAGGAGGCCACCAUGUCAAGUCUUGCCCGGCAAAUAAGGACUAUUCCAAGUGUAUCACUCAUUGA